CCCAAAAGUUUUGCCUAUGGACGAUUGAAGUAUUUCGAAUAUCUUGCUGUGCAGCUUCUCGGGAUGAACGUUGAUGAAGUGCGGGCAUCCUGUCCUCUAUCGGCAGUAGUAAGCACCUUAGUGGUCGCUGAUCAGAUGAUCUCAGCUCCCGAACACAUACAAAAGAACAAACUUGUCCACUGCGACCUAAAAACUGGGAACAUCUUCAUCCACCCUACCGAUUCCAGGCAUUUGUACCUGGUCGACUAG